CGCAGAAAGGAAAAAUUCCCACUUCUCUGCGGUGGAAUUAUCGCAGAUAAAUAUGCUCUUCUCGUGGCUAUGUGAAACAAGUUAUUCCACAUUAUUGAAAAUAUAAAUCAAUGUAACGUAAAAUAAAUAAAAAUCUGAAUAUUUAGUUACUCGAUUUGCAUCGCUUUUAUAAUCGCAGCGACCACAAAAUAAUAAAGCAUUUAAAAUGAUGACUGAUAUAAAAGAAGCAGAAAUGAAGACGAUUCAAUUAGAAAUAGAAAAGCACGAAAGCGACAAAGACGUAGUGGAUUUUUCAGACGCUACUAAGAAACUAGCCGAAGGACUUUUAAGCAUUUAUCAAUUACCGUUGGAACAAGUUCAAAAAGAACUCGCCGAAGCAACGAGCAAACAAGAGGCGUUACUCGGUCAAAUGCAAAUUGAAAACAAAAAGCUUCAAGAAACUUUUGAAAAUGUUAACUUGAAUGAAAUGUUUCAAACUAUUAAAGUUUAUCAAGGAAAACUAACUUUGAUGAAGAAAGAGAUGGCUUUGAUUCAUGAGCGAACGUUCAAAUUAAAAAAACGAGCAUUAAGGUUGCAACAAGUGAAACAAAAGGAAGCAUUGAAUAAAGAACAACAACGGGAACAAGAAAUUCGUCGGGAACAAGAAUUAAUUGGUAAACCUGUAAUAAGUUAAGGAAAACAACAUUCGAGAAAAAUAUUUAAAUGUACAAAAGCAUAAUGUAUUUAAAUGGAACUUACGUAAAAAAUUGUUCAACCGAUUUUACAUAUUACCAAACUAUUUUCCACUGUCCGUUAGAGUCACAUUUUUUAUCAUC